UUUCACAUAACGCGUAGAUACACAGUAUAUAAAAACCUGGCAGUAUGGAAUAAAUGUAUUAUUUCUGACACUGGCAUAUUGGGCGCCAUGAGUGCAUUAAGAACGUUGCGUGCCCCCAAUAGAGGGACGGUCCUUUCAUCAUUGGCAAUCGUGGGGUUUUCAUUGGCAAUGAUUUCAUUGACGUUGUCGUCACAUUCCAGUCGGGUUCUGUCGGGCAUCACAAGCCCGAAGGAGUCGAUAAGACGGCUAUUUGCUCAAGAGACAGAGGAAUCAAAAUCAAACUCAACCUGCAAUUGCUCCUGUGAAAGUGACGUCCCGGAUUACGAUUAUGAUUACCAAAAUACUUCGAGGGAAAUAUCUCGACACAGUUCUGGAAGCCAUCUUCUUAAGGGAGCAGCAAGUGAUACAGAGAGAUCGAUAGUCAACAGUCUGUGGAAUUUCAAGGACAUUAAUGAUGAAGUUCUGUUUCUCUAUGAACAAUUGGCCAUCAGGAAUAGUCAUGUGAAUCAUACAAAUACAAACAUUUUCAGAGAUGAGCUGGCGAAAUAUCGAGCUAAUUUGAACGGUAGUUCAGCCAUUCUUCUUCAUCAAGGCAAUUGCCAAGUGAAUAGGUCAUCCAAAAAAUUGAUUAAAACAUCUGCAGAAUUCUUUAAUCUCCUUCCAAAGGGUGAUCCAUUUGGUCUGCCGGAGCAAAAACGUUAUCCAAAAUGUGCAAUUAUAGGAAACAGCGGAUCACUUCUACACAGUGGUUGUGGAAAAUCUAUCGACGAACACGAUUUUGUAAUCAGAUGUAACCUUGCAUCUUUAGCUCCUUUUAAAGAAGAUGCUGGACUAAAAAGUGAUUAUAUUACUAUGAAUCCAACACUCUAUUUAAGAAGAUAUAAAGGGCUGGGUAAAAAGGAGAACAUCGACAAGUACAACCAAGACAUGUCGCAGUACGGCGGAAUGCUCAGUAUACCUUGCUUUGGUAUGAAAGAAAAGCAUAAUGCACGGGCGAUUCGAUCUUAUGAAGGGAAGAAACCGAAAAUUGUGUGCAUGAACGGACUUCAUUUUAGAACUGUCACCGAUUUCUGGAAAAAGACGGGCGUCAUAGAUAAGAAACCCUCUACAGGUUUCUAUUUGGUGACUAUGGCGGUACAGCUGUGUGAUGAGAUAGACCUCUAUGGAUUCUGGCCGUUUUCAUCCAGAUUAGGUAGCAACAAGACCGAGGUGCCUUAUCAUUAUUUCGACGAAAUGACGAGCGUGAAAGCGGAAAGUUCGCACAGAAUGAACAAAGAGUUUACCACCCUUUUGCAGUUACACCUACAAGGCAUUUUAAGGGUGCAUCUCGGAUCUUGUAGUUAAUAAAUAUUUCAUGUUUGCACAUAAACGGUCGCGUAUCUAAGGUAGGGGGGCACGUGCCAUGGGCGCCAUUUUCAGGGGCGGUAACGAUGCAGAAACGCCUUUUAAGAGUUUAAGCAGGUUGUUUAAGCCCGUUACUCUAGCAACUAUCGUUUAAAGUUUUAAACAUUUUCCAACAAUAAAAAAAAAGGUCUAAACAACUGUUUUGAACUUUAAACUACUUUUUGUCAGGGUCGGGCUUAACAACUUGCUUUGACGUUUUUAUAUGCAGUGAAAAGUAAUUGAAAAAGAAGUCUAAAGGUCCCCCCCCCCCCGAGAAAAGCAACGAUAGAGAAAAGGGUCCUUGGUAAUUUUAAUUUGACCAUCGCCAGACAUUGGGCGGAAAUACAGCUCUUAAAUGUUGCAAGGGACGCAGAUUUUAUCCUUGCUCCGUGUGCUAUACACCUCUACAUUUGUAUUAUACUUUCAUACUGAAAUAAAUCAUUAUAGUCUUGAUAAUAUACCAUAAUUUGAGCUUGUGCCAUCACAACUGGUUGGCGCGUCUGGUAGAGUAACCCGUAACCAGACUAUUCGAGUGAAGGCGCCCCCCCUAUGUUCCCUUAAGGGGCUAUUUCUUUACGGUGCUUUAACAUAACAUCCAAAAUGCCAACUUCCUCGAUCAAUAUAACUGUCUAUCAGUUGUGGGUUGGUUUAUACUUAUGGAGGUGCACAUCUUUUCUUCGUUUUGAUGUGUUUGCUUCUUUAUUUUGAUUUUUCCCUCUCUCUCAUUUAUAUUAUAUUUAUUUCUCUCUCUCCCUCUCUCUCUCUCUCUCUCUCUCAUUUACAGCCCUGGUACAGAAAAUCCAGCGCUAAGAAACAUUCGUAUGAUCAAGCGCCUUAUAAAUGUUAUAGUUAUUAUCAUUAUUGUAUUCUCAAUCCACAAUGCAUUUGUAUGCAGAUUUCGAAUCCUCAAAGAAAUACCAGGUUCUAAGGUUUUUGCAUUUUAGUUCGUUUACCCCCUCCCCAAUUAUGUUAUUUGUUUGUUUUAUUUCCGCAUAUAAUAUAACAGAUACAAAGUACAUACAAAUACAUAUAACAUGAGAUGAUGGGGUCAAUGUUAAGAUACAAUAAUAAAAGGUAAGAAAUAAAGUAAAUUAUACGGCUGGUAGUCCAUAUUCAGCUGCAAUAAUGCAUUGCUGCUGGUCUUCCAUGGAGCCAGUUUACUUACAAAAAGGCUAUGAUUACCAUAAAAUAAGAAAGUUGACCAUCAGACACAUAAAAGAAAUCAUUAAAAAACAAAGAAAAAUCAUAUAUCCUACACCUACCCCCUCCCCCCGGUACAAAUCAGUGGUUUAAUUUCAUUUAGCACAGAUAUAUUUCAAAAAUGUAUUUUUAAAAGAAUUGAAAGUGGUGACAUUACGCACGCACAAAGGGAUUAUGUUGAAUUCAGAUGCAGCUCGGUAAGAGAAAGAUCUUUUACAACUAUUGUUAUUCAUGUUUUUAUUCAAUUCGUGAUACAGCCUUUCAUAUAAAUUUUCACCCCCCCCCCAUUAAAAAAAAAAAUAUUGUACUUUAAGCUUAUAAUAGAUGAAAACGAAGAAAAGAAA